AUGGUUUUGCAAGAGACGGACAACACCGGAAAGGAAAACAAUAACGAGGAUUCGAAUCCAACGAUAAUACUAACGACCGAUGAAGGAGGGGACAGAGGGGUGAAACCCGUCGGAGGGGAUGAUGAGAAAAAAGUAUCAGAGACGAACGGGAAAGACGAAGAUGAUACGACGAGAAAAUCCAUCGAAUUAACGGACGAAGAACUUGCCGCAAAGGGAAAAUUCAAAAUGUCGGCAAAAGAAAAAUGGAGAAUAUUGAAAAACGUUACGACCGUUAGUUUGGCUUUCAUGGUGCAAUUCACGGCUUUUCAAGGCACUGCCAACCUUCAAAGUUCGAUAAAUGCCAAAGACGGUCUAGGUACGGCUUCCCUGUCUUCCAUUUACAUGGCUCUUGUUCUUUCCUGUCUUUUCGUACCCACGUACCUGAUAAAAAAGCUCACGGCCAAAUGGACUCUGUGUUUGUCAAUGUUAUGCUACGCUCCUUACAUAGCCGCACAAUUUUAUCCGACUUUCGGUACUCUCAUACCGUCGGGUAUACUUUUGGGAAUAGGAGCUGCUCCGAUGUGGGCAUCGAAAGCGACGUACCUGACCCAAGUCGGAGGAGUAUAUGCUAAGAUAACGAAUCAAGCCGUCGAUGGAAUCAUCGUUAGAUUUUUUGGUUUUUUCUUUCUCGCAUGGCAAACCUCCGAACUUUGGGGAAAUUUGAUUUCGUCUCUCGUUUUAUCGAGCGGCGUUCACAAGGGCAUAUCAUCAAAUUACGUUCCUCAUAACGUUACCGACGAAGCUUUGCUAUCAUGCGGUGCCAACUUUUGCAUGUCGUCAAAAAGUGCGAAUGAAAAUCUCGAACGUCCUCCCGAUUGGGAAAUUUACGAAAUCAGCGGGAUUUACCUCGUUUGUAUUUUACUGGCAGUUUUAAUGGUUGCUUUUUUGGUGGAUCCUCUUUCAAGGUACGGUGAAAAGCAAAAGAAAAAAGACGUACCGGAAUUGACGGGUUUGCAAUUGUUCACGGCAACGGCGGUACAAUUGAAAAAACCGUUACAACAGCUACUCAUACCCAUAACCGUUUGGAUUGGAAUGGAACAAGCAUUCAUAGGAGCCGACUACACGCAGGCUUUUAUUUCCUGCGCAUUAGGGAUUUCAUACGUCGGAUACGUCAUGAUUUGUUUUGGAGUCGUCAAUGCCAUUUGUUCGGUACUUUUUGGAACCCUCAUGAAAUACAUCGGAAGAUUUCCCAUCAUGACAUUUGGUUUCAUCGUACAUUUUUCAUUAGUCAUAUUCAAAUUGAUUUGGGCUCCGAGUCCGGAUCAUCCGUUUGCUUUUUUCAUUGUUUCCGGUUUGUGGGGAGUCGGUGAUGCCGUUUGGCAAACUCAAGUUAACGGUUUAUACGGUACUUUGUUCAGGAGGAAAAAAGAAGCGGCGUUCAGCAAUUACAGACUUUGGGAAUCCGUUGGAUUCGUCAUAGCAUACGCGUACAGCACGUCUUUAUGCGCAAAUAUGAAACUAUACGUUUUACUGGCCAUACUUUGCACUGGAUUUUUAGGAUACAUAAUUGUCGAAAUAUUACAAAAGAGAAAAAAGAAAAGGCAACAGGAGAGAAAGGAUUCGAAAGCUGUUUCGACGACGGGUGUUCCACCGCCGCCUACCAUAACCGAAGCCGAACUCGCAACAUCCGGAAAGGAUUUAUCGUAUUCGAAAGAGGAAACAGACGACGAAAUAGACGACAUUGAUGACGAUAUCAUAGUCACACAAUUGUAG